AGGUUCAGGAGGUUGUUCUUUUCCUGUUGACGUCAGGGGCUAUGUGAGCACUGUCCUGGUGCCAGGAACUGUUGGGGAGUAAAGUAUAGAGGAAAGGAGGAAACCUGAGGUACUGAGAGAUUGCAACUAUAGAGUAGGAAUCAUAUUGGAUAGAUACUUAAUCGUUUAGCUAUGGCUACAAAAACAGAGCAGUAACGUUUGCUGACAUGUCGGCAGAGCGGUAGCUAGCUGGUCCUGGUUUAGCUCAUCGAAGUUUUGGCUGAAGAAGUUAAAAGCUAAAGCGGUUCGGCUAGCCAUUAACGUUAUCACCGGGCUGUCUUCUACCACUGACAAAGCCCUACAGAACAAAGACAGAAAACAUGGUGUCCUGGAUGAUUUCGAGAAGCGUUGUGCUGUUCUUUGGGACUCUGUAUCCUGCAUACUACUCCUACAAAGCUGUAAAGACAAAAAAUGUUAAGGAAUAUGUGCGAUGGAUGAUGUACUGGAUUGUGUUUGCCCUCUACACUGUGGUGGAGACCAUCACCGACCUAACACUAACAUGGUUUCCUCUGUACUACGAGCUGAAGAUAGCCUUUGUGAUCUGGCUGCUGUCCCCCUACACCAGAGGAGCAAGUCUCAUUUACAGGAAGUGUCUGCACCCUCUGCUGUCCUCCAGAGAGAGGGAAAUCGAUGAGUAUAUUGUGCAGGCCAAAGAGAGGAGCUAUGAGACGAUGGUCAACUUUGGCAAGCAGGGCCUGAGCAUCGCAGCCACCGCCGCUGUCUCUGCAGCUGUCAAGGGUCAGGGUGCCAUCACAGAGAAGCUACGUAGCCUGAGUAUGCACGACCUCACACAGAUAAGCCGCCAGCAGGAUGAGAGUGGGGACCAGCUCUACCAGUACAGCUCCCACUCUGCCAACCCCGCCAUCAGGAGGUCUCAGAGCACUGACGCUGCCGACGGAGAUGACUACUUUUAUGACCAGGAGGAGAGGACUGAUGAAGAGACUGAGCCAACCUUCUCUGAAGACGAGGCAGUGAGUCAGAAAGGACUGAGACGAUCACAGAGUGUCAAGAUCACACGAUCCAGAGUCCGCAAAGAUGCUCGUUAUGGAUCCCUGAAGAUUAAAGGGAAGAAGAGACCACUACUGAGCUCUGUGAACUAUGCAACAUGAAAAGAAUACUUCACACACACACACACACACACGGUGGAUGGUCUCGUCACUAUGCUGAACUCGUAUCUAUUUGAUGAUGAGCUUUCUUCUGACAUAUUUAUUUCUUAACUCUUGGAGAACCUCCUCUGAGAACUUCGAUGUUUAUCUUUGGGUGGAUGGCGUAUAUUCGUGCAACUUAUGUUUCUUUCAUCUGUUGUUCAUCAGAAUUGUAGUUUUUAUGCGUGAUAUUUUAUAUAUGUAGUCUUUAUGAUUUUAGAAUAUUUUCGUUCUUUUCAUACAAGUUUUGUGGAGCCGCUAUCUAGUCAUUAAUUGCUUAACUAAUGGUUAAAUAAUUUACUAAUGCUUUAUAGCAUUGUUAUAAGCCAUUGAUAAGAACAACUUUGGGUUAUUGGGGUGUGAAUCCUUCCGAUUCCGAGAUUCUUCAACCCUUAUUAAUGCAAAAAGAGACGGAACAACCACAGACAAAAAUAACUAAACCAAAACAAUUGCCACUAAAUGACCUCAAAGAGGCACGCGCACACAGAGAGGCUAAAAACGACAGUUUGUGUGUCUUGCUCCUAUCCAGUAGCUGGUGAUGAAAGUGAAUAUUGGACUUUUUUAACUGCAAACAUGACAGAGAUAAAGAGAGUUUUAACAACAUAACACUUGAACAUGUAUAUUAAUGGCUUUUGAAAGAUUACUUAGAUUAAGAUUAAAACGUUGCUUCUGAUGCCUUUCAGGUAUUUCAUCAAUGAGGAACUUGUUCCUAGUAGAACCUCUUACACUAGGGUUGGAGUCCAUUAACUUCCAUUUGGCUCACUAUACUAAUGGAGACUAUUUUUACCCAGAGGGACACAUGUAGGCUCAGACACAUGCAACAUUCCUUGUGACUGUGGGGACACUGAGGAAGAGUCACUGCAGGAUCUGCUGGAACAUGAACCUUUGAAUGUUAGGAGAGAGUGGAUAGAAAGAGUCAGAUGUAGAACUGAACCUGUCUGAGUGAAACACGUGAACACCAGCUGAUGAACACUAUGCCAAAUACCUGAAGACUAAUGAAGAGAAAGAAAGGGGAGAGAAAACCAAAUGAAUAAAAACAAAGUGAUUAUUCAGCCUAAAGGCCCAGAGCUCCUGCUCGCUAUCAAUGAGGAUUUCUUAGUUUCCUGCCUUUUACUCAUGUCUUUUUAUAUAGCAGUGUCCUGAUCACACCCCUGGUUGUAAAUAUCUAACUGUGUGUUCCUAAUAUUGGUGAAGAUGAGCUUUUAAAAUGUUAUUUUGUGUGCGUGUGUUACUUUUAGAUCAAAAUUAGUCAUUUUCCAAUGGUAACCACCUGUUUUUGCACAUAUAAUUCAUCCCAAACAAUUUUAUCAAUGCUGUUGUGUUCAUCUCAUUUUAUAUUGUACUUUGCUGUGGGAGGAUACAACACACAAUGAGCUUAAUGCUAAUAAACAGCCUCUCAUGACAUUUUAAAGUUUGGCUCGUUCGUGUCUUCUGGUACUGCAGUCAGUGCUACACUGCUGACAAGCUGUGGCUGAAGUUUCUUCUACAGUUGCUGUUAUGGAAGGUUUAUGUGAGAGCAGUAUGUCUGGCUGAAGCAAAAUGACUUUUAAUGACCAAGAGUGUUCCUACAAACUAUAAAGAUUGAUACAAAGUGACAAGGAAAAUGGAUGAAGCGUACAUGUCAACAUGUCUGCCUAAGCACAUAAGCAGUGCAGUAUAAACAGGAACUUGUCCACCCUGCUGCACAUUUUGUAUUCCAUUAUACUGUAUGUUCUGAUAAAGGUGUGGGGUUUUCGCGCUAAACUAACUGACCAUCCAAGCCAUGCUGGCAUGGUGGGAAUGGUUCUCCACAGCAAGAUAGGAAACGUUGUCUUGAUGACGUGUUGCAGGUGUGGGGGUUUAAUAUGACACUCGUAUUAACAGCUGCGUGAGUGUCUGAUUUGGACUGAAUCAAUAACGAGCCAAACUUUCCCAUGUCAUGUCUAUUUAAUGCUCAUAACUGAAUUCUGAUACCAAAGCUUCACAUACUCACCCAGAGCUGUGUGGCAGAGUGUUUUGAUCGGUGUGGGGGAAAUGUUUGGUGUGUGGAUUGUAAAUGCAAUAAAAUAAAGGUUGUCCCAAGUACAGAAAGGGCAACGGGAUAAA